UGGAACUUCCGGAUGUGACCACAGAGAGGGAGAGACCGGGAACGGGGAGCGCGGCCGCCAGCACCCGCGAGCCGCCGCCGGACCCUCCGCCCCCCCGGGCCGCCCCCCGCCCCCUGCGGUCCCCGGCGUGUCCGUCUCGGGACGGUUCGAUUCCCUCCGGAGCCGGGGGAGGGACGGGGGGGCCAGAGGAGGGGCCUCGGGCGCCCCGCCCGCGCCUGCUGCCCCCGCCCAGGCGGCGAUGCGCUCCUGGCCGUGACCCCCGCUGGGGGCGGGGGCCGGGGUCCAUGCGCGGAGCCCCCACCCGGCCCGACGCCUGCCGCUGACGGCGGCGGGGGUGGGGGGGCGCGCGCCCGGCCUCCUGCCCACCCCCUGGCGUCGACACCGCGGGCCAUCGGGGGCUGCGGCCCCGGGCUGCACCCUCCCCCGCGGCCAGGCUCUGGAGGGACCCGGGAGCUGCCGCCGGCCUCAGCCCAUGGCCCGCAGGUACAAUGAGCUGCCACGCUACCCAGGCAUCGCAGAUGGCCCCGCAGCCCUGGCUGGCUUCCCAGAGGCAGUGCCCGAAGCACCAGGGCCCUGUGGCCCACACCGGCCUCCGCAGCCCCUGCCCCCAGGCUUGGACAGCGACGGCCUGAAGAGGGAGAAGGAUGAGAUCUAUGGACACCCGCUCUUCCCCCUCUUGGCCCUGGUCUUUGAGAAAUGUGAACUGGCUACAUGCUUUCCCCGUGACGGGGCCGGAGCUGGGCUGGGGACAUCCCCCGGCGGUGACGUCUGCUCCUCUGAUUCCUUCAACGAGGACAUCGCUGCCUUCGCCAAGCAGGUUCGCUCUGAGAGGCCCCUCUUCUCCUCCAACCCAGAACUGGACAAUCUGAUGAUCCAGGCCAUCCAAGUGCUGCGGUUCCACCUGCUGGAGCUGGAGAAGGUCCACGACCUGUGCGACAACUUCUGUCACCGCUACAUCACCUGCCUCAAGGGAAAGAUGCCCAUCGACCUGGUCAUCGAGGAUCGGGACGGCGGCUGCAGGGAGGACUUCGAGGACUACCCAGCCUCCUGCCCCAGCCUCCCAGACCAGAAUAAUAUAUGGAUUCAAGACCAUGAGGAUAGCGGGUCUGUACAUUUGGGGACCCCAGGUCCAUCCAGUGGGGGCCUGGCCUCCCAGAGUGGGGACAACUCCAGUGACCAAGGAGACGGGCUGGACACCAGCGUGGCCUCUCCCAGUUCUGGUGGGGAAGAUGAGGACUUGGACCAGGAGCGACGGCGAAACAAGAAGAGGGGGAUCUUCCCCAAGGUGGCCACCAACAUCAUGCGAGCCUGGUUGUUCCAGCACCUCUCGAGACGCUCAGACGCGCCGGCUCUCCCAGACGUCUGCCUGGGCCUGGGCUCCCUAUCCCCCGGACCCCGGUGGGCCAGACCUUGGGGUUCAGGCUGCGGCCGGCCAGGCAGGCAGAGUGACUCUUGCUGGUGGCCGCAGCACCCGUACCCCUCCGAGGAGCAGAAGAAACAGCUGGCGCAGGACACGGGGCUCACCAUCCUGCAAGUCAACAACUGGUUCAUUAACGCCCGGAGACGCAUCGUGCAACCUAUGAUCGAUCAAUCCAACCGCACAGGGCAGGGUGCAGCCUUCAGCCCAGAGGGCCAGCCCAUCGGGGGCUAUACCGAGACGCAGCCAAACUUGGCCGUCCGGCCUCCGGGAUCAGUGGGGAUGAGUUUGAACAUGGAAGGAGAAUGGCAUUAUCUAUAGAGGCUGAUGCAGGAGAGACCCAGCCUCCGGCUGUGACCCCCAGCCUCACACCUGGCUCUGGUUCCCGCCUGGUCCUCCGGCUUCAGGACCCCACCUCCAAAGGCCCCUCUGCUCAACACCUACCUCCCUAGGGCCCUGCUGGGACAUGGGGGCCUGAGUGCCCACCCAAGGGGCUCUCAAGGACACCCGCAAGGCCUCCAGGCCCUGAGCCCCACUUCUGCCUUCACCUCUGCCUGGGACCCGAGCUGGGCUCCUGGGCCUUGGUCCCCAGAAGAUGGCGGCUAGGGCCUCGCUGCCAGGACAGAGAAGGGACAGGGUGGCUGGGCAGUCAGGGAAGGAGGGUCGCCCGGAUCCGACAUUUUGGAGAGAUUCCUUCACCCUCCUGUCUCCCACACUUCCCUUCUCUAAUUUCUUUUUUUUUAAUGAUAAAGUCUUAAAAACACA